AGAUAUCAUUGGAGAAGUUUAUGGUUUAAUAAUUCCUUUAGAUAGCAAUGAAUAAAGAAGAAGAGCCAAAAGUAUUUUCAUGGCUUAAGGGCUAUAAUACAGGAAAAUGGUCCAGUGAAGAGCAUGCUCAAUUCAUAAAAUGACUUAAAAUGCACGGAAUUGAUUGGCCUAUGCUGAAGAAAAUGGUCCCCACUAGAAAAAGACUUCAGAUAAAAUCCCAUUUAAGAAAAUAUUUUAAUCAGAUAAAGAAAAUUUACGGACUUGAAGACCCUAUGGAAUACAUUAAAACCAACACCUGUGAGAACCUGAGAUUCCAUAAGAAUGAACAUUAUGGAACCCAGAAGAAAGAGAUUGAGAAAGAAGAUGCGCAGCAAGAGAAGGAACAGAUUGGAGAUAGGAGACCACAGAUGGGGUUGAGAGGUGGAUUAGGAGGGUCUGAAGAGGUAGGAGGGAGAGUAGAGGUGCAGAGGGGUGUGGGGCAGAAGAGAAGAGAUGUUAAGUGUGAGAGGAAAUUGGGAGAAGAGAUUGGUGGGGAUGAGAGGGUGGAGAGACAGAUUAAGGAACAAGAAGUGUUUGAAGUCAAAGAAAAGAGAUCAAAACAAGAGACUCCAGAAAUUAUUUUAAAGAGUUUUUCUCAAAAUCAGUUUCCUGAGAAAAUAGAUGAGAAAGCUUCAAUAGCACAAAACAUUCCAGUUUUUGAGCAUGAAGCAAUUAUCAAAUCAACAGUACCAAUUGAUAUUAAAAUAAGCCCAGGACAGCAUACAAAUGUCAACAUAAUCCCUACUACAAAUGAAAAUUGCCUCCCUGCUCAACCAAUCUUAUUCUGUAUGCAAGUCCAAGGAAAUUGGCAAAGUUUAAACCCAACUUAUUUUGAUCCAACAACUCUUGCAAACCAAUCCCAGCCAUCAAAUUUAUAUCAUCAAGGAAGCCAGAACCAGAUGGAUUACAAACUUGUCAAACUGUUAAGUGCUUGCUAUUGCAUGUGAAAGAUAAUUCCCAAAGAUGCUCAAUACAGAAAAGAUAUUUAG